AUGCACGGGAGUGGCAAGAUCCGGAAUCUCAAAGCAACCGAGGGAUCGAAAGUCCAACUGACGCUUGAAGAACGUCAGGAAACAGCCAUGUACGCGGAGACAUUUCUGCAAUGCUUCGAGCCAGCCAUAGAAAACCUCGCCAACAACAAGUGCAAGCUCGUUGUCAACGCCGGAGCAUCAGACACGGAGCUCCUGACGCUUGUGUGCGAUCAGAUGGUCAAGGAUAAAGGACAGAGCCUCAAGUUCGCAUGGGUCGAGGGUGACGACGUCACGUCGCAAGUCAAUAGUCUCAUCGGCAAAGGCGAGAAGUUCGAAUCAUUAAUGCAUGGGAAGAAGCUUGAGGAAUGGGGCCUUGAGCCAAUCUGUGCACAGGCAUACCUGGGCGGUUUGGGCAUAGCAGAGGCGUUGAGAAGUGGCGCGGACGUAGUCAUCUGCGGACGAGUAGCGGAUGCUGCUCCAGUUAUUGGCGUUGCUGCAUGGUGGCAUGACUGGAGAUCGGACCAGUUUGAUGAGCUCGCAGGAGCUCUUGUGGCUGGACAUCUCAUAGAGUGCUCUGCAUACGUCACUGGAGGAUAUUACAGUGGUUUCAAAGACCUCAUGAAGACGGGAAAGCACGUCAAUAUGGGGUUCCCUAUCGCAGAGGUAGACCACAAAGGAGAGUGUACAUUGGUCAAGGAAAAGGACUCUGGAGGUUGCGUUACAGUGGGAAGUGUCACAUCGCAACUUGUCUACGAGAUUCAAGGCCCUUGGUAUUACAAUUGUGAUGUCACGGCGGAUAUCUCGGGGGUCCGGUUGGAGCAGGUUGGCGAGGACAAAGUACGUAUCACUGGUGUAAAAGGUAUGCCACCACCUCCUACCACAAAGGUGGGAAUCACAGCUCCAGCUGGCUUCCAAGCUGAAUGGCACAUUUACAUGUGUGGCUUGGAUAUAGAGGAGAAGUGUAAGAUCACGGAGGAUCAAGUUCGGUACGCCAUUGGGGAUGACAUAUCGAAGUUCAGUCUUCUCAAGUUUCACCAGAACGGCACUUCACCCAUUGACGCCAGAAACCAAGACUUGGCAACAGUCGACUUUCGGAUCUUUGCACAAAGUCCUGACCCGGAAGUUCUACGUCCGGAUAUUCCCAACGGGUUCAACCGUUGGGUCCUUGAAAUAUUCCUACAGUCGGCGCCUAGUGCAUCUCUAAGUAAUGAUCUGAGGCAAAUCGUACCCAAACCCUACUAUGAAUACUGGGUAUCGCUGCUCCCACAAAGCGAGCUCAACCACCGUGUGCAUCUUCUCUUCGAGGACAACAAGGUUCUCAAGAUGGAUGCGCCUAAGAUCACAAAGACUUACCCUCGUCAGCAGCCGUCGUAUGAAACGGAGAGUGCUGUCGACCUUUCCUCCUUCGGACAGACAGCCAAGGCACCUUUGGGCCACAUUGUUAUGGCUCGAUCUGGGGACAAGGCAUCGGACUGCAACGUGGGAUUCUUCGUUCGCCAUGACGACGAGUGGGAUUGGUUGCGCAGCUUCAUGACCAUCGAUAGGGUGAAGAAAUUGCUAGGACCUGAGGAGUAUAAGGGCAAGCCAAUUGAUCGUUUUGAGAUUCCCGGUGCUAGGGCUGUGCACUUCUUGCUCCAUGACCAUCUGGACAGGGGGUACAAUGCUUGCAGUAACUACGACACUCUUGGGAAGCUUGCGGGGGCCGGAUAUGAUGCAUAUGAGGAUGAGACGCGAUAG